AAGUCGGCAGCAUUUUUGGUUAGGUAUUAGAGAAGGUUGUGACUUAACGAGGGGAGGGGUGGAGGGGCGUAUUCUGAAUUGAGGAAUGGAAUGGUAAAGCAUCCGCCAGACAUGACGACGACGACGACGACGACGACGGAAAACAGAAGAGAGCACGAAAGACGAGCAACACGACCACUGCUGCGUUCAUCUACUCCUCCUGAAUCAACAUUAUCAACAACCAGAAAAAGGCUAGUAGUAGCAGUCUCUCCGUAUUUCCACGAGGAAAAGGACUAUGCCGCAGCAGAGGACAGGAACGAUUGCAAAAGGAAGAAGAAGAGGAAGAAGAAGCAACAACCCUAUGAUGAUGAUGGAGACGACAACGGUGAUUUUGUAUCAUUUUCUAUGGGCAAUCGUGAGGAGGAGGAAGCUGUUGCCGACGACAAGAAGACAAUCCCCGUCGAGAACAUGAAGAGGAAGAAGAAAAGAAGUGAUUGUAAUCAGAGGAGGAAGGAGGAAGAGCAACAAAGAAGUCACAAUAAUGACUUGCAGGUAAGUGCGACUUCUCCCGACUUUCAGACGGUUGUUAAAGAAGAAGACAUGGAAAACAAAGCAAAACCUAUAUCCUCAUUUGAAUUGAAGAAUGCUAUCAUAGCUUUUAAGGAAGGGGGAUGCAAGAACAAGAGGAAGAGGAAGAGUAAGAUGAGCAAAGAAAAGGAGGAGGAACCGAAAGCAAGUCACAAUGAUAAUCAUGGCCAGAUGACGUCUCGGCACCUGCAGGUAAGUUCAACUUCUCCCCACUUUCAUAGAAUUGUUCAAGAAGAAGGCAGAGAUUUUGAUGAGCCUAUUGUCUACUCAAUUAAUUCAAAUAUAGAUGUAAAAGCAUUCACUGAAUCCAAUGAGACUAACGGGCAUCUACAACUAGGCAGUUCAGCUGUGUUUUCAGCAGACAUUAGUGCGGGUGGUGGCAUUAAAAAGAGGAGAAAGAAGAGAAACAAGGAUAAAAAAUACAGCGACAAGGCAGUUACUCUAUGUUCUAAAAAUUUCUCAUGUGAACAAGAGAGGAAUUACACUGGUAAUGAGGGAACAAAAAAGGAGGGCGAUUCAACUUCCUCCCACUUUCAGCUAGUUGUUAAAGGAGAAAGGAAAGGGGUGGACGGACCUGUUGUCUCCUCGAUUAAUUCAAAUACAAAUCCAGGAACAUUUACUGUACCCACCAAGACCUGUGGAAAACAAGCCAGUGAGGCUGUGUUUAGAGUGGAGAUUGAUGAGAGUCGUCGCAGUGGCAGUGGCAGUGGCCAGAGGAGAAAGAAGAGAAAGGAGGGCAAACAUCACGAGAAAACUUCAAAUGAGUGCAGUGAUGGGGAAAGGGGGAUGAUAUCUGGUUCCUCUAUUAAAGUGGAACUUACUUCUCCCAUUGUUGCCAUUAACAGCAACCAAAAUGAAGUCAGUGGGGCUGUGCAUUUGUUUGACCAUAAUGAGGAAGAUGUCAAGAAGAAGAGGGGAAUGGAUGAUGGCUGUUACCCUAAGGACUUGAAUUCUGAGAUAGUUUCUCCAUGUCCCCACAAGGGAGUGGAAAAAGUGAUAAAUGUGUUGGAGAAGACUAGGCAAUCCAGUUUUUUGGUUGAGGGCAAGGUUAAUACCCUUAAACCAGUUAAUAAUGGUGAAGGCAUUGUAGUCAAUAGACCUCGGAUUGAGGAUGUGUUAUCACAAUUUAUAUACAAGGGUAGCUUUCAGCAAAAAGGUCAAGACAAGAACUGUGUUAAAUCACCGGUUCUCCAUCCUCAUAGUGAGAAGGUUAUUAUUAAAGAAAAUAGGGAUGUAGAAGACAAUAAACAGAAGAGAACAGAAUCCUCAUUUGUUGCUAAGAAGAAGAUUGACCCAUUCAGUUCCACUAAUAUGAAGGGAGGGGAGGAAAAUUUGAAUGAGACAGUAAGUGAAAAGAUCUCAUCCAAAAAAAUAAGAAAGGAUGAAAAAGGUAAGAAGAAAGCACAUGAAAAAGUUCGGGUGGUUUCUAGUUACUUCAAUACUUCGACAGGGAAACAAGUGAUGCCAGACGAGGAAAAACAUCUGAAAAUCAAAUUUCCCAAACAAUGCAUGAAGAAAUGUCCCACAGAAGUGGGGAUUUCCCACUUCUUUCACAAUGUCUCACCAAUGGAAGAAGAGAAUGCAAUUUCUGAUUCAUCGGAAAGUCGAACUGAAUGCAUAGUACUGCCCAAGAAAGCCCAAAGAGCAGCAUUGGUUAAACCUGUUCUUUCUGCUGCUGAGAAGCGAGAUGAGGCUUACAAAAGAAGAACUCCAGAUAACACAUGGAAGCCUCCACGCUCUCCUUUCAGUCUCCUCCAAGAGGAUCAUGCCCAUGAUCCUUGGAGGGUCUUGGUCAUAUGUAUGCUUCUUAAUCGGACAACUGGUGUGCAGGCAGGGCAAGUUAUAUCAGAGCUAUUCAGUUUGUGUCCAAAUGCGAAGACUGCUUUGGAGGUUGCCACAGAGGAGAUAGAAAAGGUGAUACAAACUCUGGGUUUGCAAAGGAAGAGGGCAGUGAUGCUUCAUCGCUUCUCUCAGGAAUAUUUGGGAGAAUGCUGGACUCAUGUGACUCAGCUGCAUGGCGUUGGCAAGUAUGCAGCUGAUGCAUAUGCAAUAUUCUGCACAGGGAAGUGGGACCGUGUGAGGCCUACAGAUCGCAUGCUAAAUAAGUAUUGGUCAUUUCUCUGCAGCAAUAGAGCAACUAUGAUAUGAAAUGAUGUUACCCUAAGCAGCAAGAUGGUUGGCUGGCUGGUGUGUGUGUAUAAAUCAUUGUGCUGUACGUAUCUGUUUUGAGUUUCAGCACAUGAAUAGAGGGGUAGGUAGAGUCCAUUUUAAGUGCAUGUGAAUUUUAUUUAUAUGUAAAUAUUUAUAAAAGGGGGAAUUCUUUUAUUAUCCUUU